AGUGUCAAAUAACUAUACAAUUUUUAAAUUUUGCUUCUUUUAACAUGUGACUGACUAGCAUAGUUAGAAAUUUUUUUCCUAUAGAAAGCAUUGUUAUUGUUAUACCCUAAAUUGAGUCCUAUGAGAAUUAGGACACUUGGAGGCAUUCUAAAAAUACUCCUAUCAAGAUUAGAUAGGUUAAAUCCCACUAGAAUUAGAAUACUCAAACACCAAUCGAAUAAGGUUGUACUCUUAGGAUAACUUUAUGUAAAUAUCCUAUUAAUACCUCAAGGAUCAACCUAAGGAGGUAAAUUAUUUUCUCCACUUUCCCUCCACUGUAAAGUCUCUCUAUCAAUAAAGAUCUCAGUUCCAUCUAUUCUAUAUUUUAGUGUUAACAUAUGGCGCCCACCAUGGGGCUGAGUUCUUUUUGAUCUAUGAAUGGCACAUGGUGAAUCUUGCCAACAAAAAUUCGUUAUUGCUGCACAUGGAUGCUCCAAGAUUUGGAAACAAUGGAGAAACAAGUGGCUUUUCUUCCUCUCGGAUGAAUUUUGGUGAAAGGCUUGAGCAAGAUAUGGUUUAAAACAAGUGCACCAGAAACAAGAGGAGUCACGGAGAAUUACACUGCCUUCAACUAGGCAGGUUCACAGCUGUUUUGGGAAACACAGGAUUCAAUGCUAGGAAGUAGUAAUUAUGAUGAUCAAAGCUAUACACACUCAAAACAAAAAGCUGCAAUCUAAGCUAAGUAUAUUUACUUUUCUAUUUUCUAAUUUUCUAAUUUUCUAAUUUUCAAUCUUAAUAAUCAUGUAAGUUACUAUGUUUUUAAGAAAACUAACCUUUUUUU